GGCGUAAAACAAUCCGCCAUCUUGUCCCAGUGACAAUUUAGAUUUUAUUUAAUUUAACCCAUAUAUAUUUAUUAAAUCCGUUGACAAAAGUGAUAUUUACGAAGCUGUGUAGUGUUUUUAAAGCCUGUGAUAUUUAAGUGUCCGAAUAUUUUUUGUUGGCAUAAAUAUCUCUACGUUAUUGUCAGUCCGAUUUUGACGUCGAACGAAGUAGAUAAUCAAAAUGGGCACAAGAGAAGACGAAUACGAUUAUUUGUUCAAAGUUGUUCUCAUAGGAGACUCAGGAGUGGGUAAAAGUAGCUUGCUGUCUCGUUUCACUAGAAAUGAAUUCAACUUAGAAUCAAAAUCCACAAUAGGCGUGGAAUUUGCAACAAGAAGUAUAGAGGUGGACGGUAAAACCAUAAAGGCUCAGAUCUGGGAUACGGCGGGUCAGGAGCGGUACCGUGCGAUCACGUCGGCGUACUACCGCGGUGCGGUCGGCGCGCUGCUGGUGUACGACAUCGCGAAGCACCUCUCCUACGAGAACGUGGAGCGCUGGCUGCGUGAGUUGCGCGACCAUGCCGACCAGAACAUACUUAUCAUGCUCGUCGGCAACAAGAGUGAUCUCAGGCAUCUGCGAUCCAUCCCGACAGAAGAAGCGAAAGCGUUCGCGGAAAAAAAUGGUCUUAGCUUUAUCGAAACAUCGGCCCUCGAUUCCACCAACGUGGAGCCCGCAUUCCAGAAUAUUCUAACUGAAAUCUACAGGAUCGUGUCGCAGAAGCAGAUGCGUGAACCGCCCGAGGGAGAUGUCAUCCGACCUGAUGCGGAGCCUGCGGAUGUGCGACCUGCAGCUGACUCUGUGCGCAAGCAGUGCUGCCAGUAGACACUAAAGUCCAGUUCACGAUGGAGCCGAAGAGAGAAAAAGUAUGGAAUA